UUCUCAGACGAUCGCCGGCGUUGAUAGCGUUCGCAACGAAAUCGAAACGAAUCCCCUGGCUGCCCUAACUAACCCGACAAAUUUUGUACUUACAAAGACGCAACGCGAGUGACUCGUUCUAAUAGUUCCACUUUCGAGCAGAGUUCAAAAUGCCAAGCACGCGAAACAAGCAGGGGAAAUAAGCCAAACAAAAAUACGAGAAAAACUAAACGACAGAGAUUACAAACGCCCACGCAAAACACACAAAACUACAAGCACUCAAUUCUCGAAAGUUAGUAGAAAAUAGCAAAGAAAAAAGGAAAGCAACCAUGGAACGCCGCCAAGCCCUAGACUCAUCGAUGUCUUCGCUCUACUCGGUCGCCUCCUCCUCGAACCCCAAUCCCCGCCAGCCGCCGAGCAGCCAACUCCAGACGCAGCAGUCGCAGCAAUCUCAGCAGUCCCAGCUAGACGCCUUCAAUUAUUCAGCAACAAUGUCAUCAUCGUCGCCGACUCCGAGCCAGGCCAUGUCCACAGCCAUGUCCACGUGCACGGGCACGGGAACGGGCCUGGGAUCGGGCACCACCCACACCACACCGUCCACCUCCCUCAGAGCCACCACCAUCGGCACCGUGGUCGUCCGCUGCGGACCCAUCCAGCUGGUGAUAGCGCUCCUACAAAGUCCUGAGAAGAUCUACAUCAAAGUGGUAGAGCUAGAGCCAAAGAUCACAGCCCUCGGCGAGAACCUGGAUGAAUCGGUGCGCAUGCAGAGGGAGCACGAUGAGACCCUGCGAAAUCUACAGAGCCUGCCUGGACCCAUGGAUGAGUUCGUCCAGAAGGCGGACAAGCUGCUGGCCAGCAAGCGGAUCAGUUCGGAACUGGUCAACGCCAUGGCCGACACGCUGAACAUUAUCUGGCAGGAUAUCCUGAACCUCCUGCAGGACCGUCAGCACCUUCUGAUCCUCUGCACACAGUUCCACGACAAGAUGACGCAGUGCUUCCGGAAGAUGGACCAACUGGAAUUGGCCUGCGAGGAGACUCUGCAUCCGCCGGACGUGCCCCGUGUCCAGGAGUUCCUUAACAGAUUCAAACAACUGAGGAUCGACAUGCUCACCGGUGUGAUGGCCGCUCUAAAGGAUGGAAACGAACUGCUGGCCCAGCUGGAGGAGCUGGAGAAGCUGGAGACCCUGGACACAAGACCGGAGCACAUCAAACGCGACGCCACGCGGGCUGUUCAUCAGGUUCAGCAGUGGCUGGAGGCCCUGCACGAUCGCAGGAACUCCCUGGAGCUGGCCUGGCAGACGAGGAAGACCCAAAUGGAGCAGUGCCUGGCAUUGGCCUUGCUGGGCAGAGAACUAGUCGAUCUGGAGGCAGCCCUGCAACAGGCCAGGAUGGAGCUGAACACCAUGUACAGUUUGGGUGAAUGCGAGCACACGGCCAACGAGAUGCUCACCAAGUACAGGGAGUGGAAGCAACAGGCUCUGCUCCUCCGGGAUCGAGCGCUCAAGAUCACCAGGGCCAAGGAGAAGGUGCAGUCCGCUGGUCACUUCACCGAGGACGAGGCAUGUGCUCGUGCCUAUGCCGUACUGAGUGGCUGCACGGAGCACCUGGAUCUGGUGGAUCAGCGAGAACACUGGCUGCACCAAUCGCGGGAGUUCUUCGCCAAGGCCGAGCACACAUUGAGUGUCCUGGAGAAACUGGAACUGGAGCUCACGAGUGUAAAACUGCCACCGCAUUCCCCAGAGAGCUAUGCCAUGUACUCCAAGGUGGAUCGAGAUGUUCGCAGCUUCACCGAGGAACCUUUGCGUUUGGGUUACGGCAUCCUCGACGAGGUGGGCAGGACUCAACCGGAGACGCAGGGUGUGAAGAGGGUCCUGGAUGAGCUGGAGAACCGGAAGGUGUACAUCCAGGGCAUCUGCGCCAACAGCAGCGAGGAUCAGCAGAAGGUGCAGCGGGCCUUGAGUGAAUUCCUAACUCAUCACAACGAGCUUUUGGCCUGGCUGAGAGCCUCUGGCCAACUGCAAUUGCAGCAGAGCGUGGACAUGGGCCGAAAUCUGCAGCAGGCCAAGCAGUUCCUACUCCAGCACCACGAACUCAUGCAGGAUCUAGAGAUAAAAGGCGAGCUGAUCAACCUGCUGCUGGAGUCCAUCAAGGUCCAUCUGGAGUCCCUGAGUCCCCAGGAGCGCUACGAUGUGGACUCCAAGGCGGAGUCCCUGCACAAGCACUGGAUCGAACUGAAGGACCUGGUGCUCAAGCGAGUGGAUUACGUUUCCCUGCUGAUAGAUUUCUUUGAGCUGGCCAACGAGUUCUCCAGCCAACUGGACAACAUGCAGCGCCAACUGCAGCAAACUCCCGACGAGCACAAGCUGCAAUUCCUCCAGGCCACUUGGACGGGCAUUGCGGCCACCUUCGGCGAACUGAAGACCCGAGGACAGCGAUUCAUCAACCUGAAAAUUGUGGAUCCAUAUCUCGAGACCAAAUCCUCGGCACAGGCGGUGCAAGAGACGCUGAACGACUUCAGUAAGCGGCAGGUCGACGUGACGAGCAGUUUGGAGAAUUGGACAACGAGCAUUGCGGAGAAGCGAGAAGUCGAAUACCUACUCGAGAAAGUCAUGAGCGACAAUGAGGAGACCGUGGCCAAGAGCACCCAGGUGGACACCCAGUUGUAUCCCGUCUUCACCACCCAGAGCGUGGACUCCAAGCAGCUGCUGAUCAGCACCCGCGAGAAGCUGACCCACGUGACCCAGGACAUCGAGCGGGCCCAGGAUGAGAUCCAGCAGCGCAUCCAGACGACGCUCAGCAUCCAGACGAAGGACCAGCCGUCGCUGGCCAAGAUCGAGCAGGUGAUCAACAACCUGCGCAUGCUGAAGGCCAAGCUGGAUGGCAUCAAGUACGACUACCGCACCCUGGUCGAGAGUGUGGUGCAGUUUCUGGAGAAUAUAGUGCAGCUGCGACGCGAGAUCGACGACUACUUCGCCCGGCAGCAGAAGGAGCCCGCUUCCGGCGCAGAUCGCAGCAUUGCGGAGCACGAGAAAUUCCGCGAUCAGUGCAUGGAUAAAUUUAGAUCGCUAAUCACACAAUCCGAACUGCUGAUCGAUCGGGUGCGAGUGCUGGAGCCGCCGGGAGCCCGCGAAAUCGACACCGAUCGCAUUCUGAAGCUGCUCGAGAACCUGCGCCUGCACUUCGAGUCGAACAGCAGCGCCCGCAUGACGACGCUGGAGCGCCUGGAGAAGAUCGAGCAGUUCCGCUCCGACCUGGAGGACAUCGAUCGCAGCCUGGACAGCGUGAGCCAGCAGCUGCACGAGAUCAACAACCAGAGCGUCGACAGUCUGGCGGCGGCCAAGACCACGUCGCUGGCGUUCGAGUACUUUGAACGGACCAUAGAGCUGCUCGAGAAGCGGAUCGAGAAGUUUACGGAGUCCACGAGCCAGCAGCUUCUGAUAAGCAAUCCCGAGAGCGAGCGGUACGUCAAGGACGAACUGCGCAAACUCAACGACAAGUGGCAGGGCUUCAAGGACCAGGUGAAGCAGAAGCGAAAGAGCCUCAACCAGGCUACCGAAUUCUUCGAGGUGGUCGAAAAGAUCGACGCGGAGUACCGUGAGAUUAGCUACUUCUACACCAGCGUAUCCAACAAGGUUCCCUACCUCCGGGAUUCCGUGGAGGCUGGCAACCUGGUCAACGACAUCGAGAACUAUGUGACCAGCAGGGAGGCAGCCCUGCGCUCCAAGCUGGACAGUGCCUCGCAAUGUGCCCACGACAUGAACAAGGUCUCGUCCCUGUACAACGAUGUGAUGAACAUCUUCCAGUCCUUCAUCAAGCUGAAGAUGGACAUCAAUGUGGUGCAGGAGCGUCUGAAGCAGGAGCAGCGCCAGAAGGAACAGAGGGAGCGGGAGGCGCGGGAUCAGGCGGAAAGGGAGAAGGUUCUUCGGGAGACGGAGGCCAAGGAGCGGUUGCUCAGGGAGGAGCAUGCGCGCCUGGAGAACCAGCGCCAGCAGGCGGCCAUCGAGCAGGCUCAAAGGGAACUGGCGGCCAGGGAGCUGGCUCUCAGGGAGCAGGCCGUCCGGGAGGAGGAGUCCAGAUUGCAGGCGAUACGGGAGCAAGCCACGCGGGAGCAACUGGCCAGGGAGCAGGCUGCCAGGGAGGAGGAGUUACGCAUCCAAUCCCUCAGAGAUAUAGCCCGACGUGAAGAGGAAGUGCGUCUGCAGAACAAGAGGGAUGAGGAGAUCCGCAUCCGCAGGGAGGAGGAGGAGCGAUCCCGCAGGGAGAACGAGUCCCGUUCGAAGCGAGAAGAGGAGGCCCGCAUCCAGCGGGAGGAGAUUACCAGGCUCCAGACCCUUCGCGAUCAGGUGGAUCAACAGCGCCUGGUGACCGAAAACAUCCGCAAGGACAUCCAGGUGAACUCCAUUUUCACGGAGUUGCGCUACGCCUCUCCGCUCUUCGUUCGUCCCCUAAAAGAUGCAGUGGCUCGCGAAGGAGAUCGUUUGGUCCUCGAAUGCGAGGUCACGGGUACUCCGGAGCCCUCUGUCGAGUGGUUCAAGGAUGGCAUCAGCAUCCAGAACAAUUCCGAUUACAAGACCACCUUCGACAAGGGAAUCUGCCGACUGGUGAUCGAGGAGACCUUUGCCGCCGACUCGGCACGUUUCAGUUGCCGUGCCUCGAAUCUGGUGGGAACUUGCGAUACGAAUGCCACACUAUCCGUUCGGGAAAAUGCCGCAGAGGUCCAGUUGGUGCCCCCAAGAAUCCUGAUGUUCCUGGAGAGCGGCAAGGCCACCGAGGGCAGUUCCUUCCAGUUCGCUUGUGUGGUGGCCGGAGUUCCUUUGCCCACGGUCCAGUGGUUCAAGAACGACAAGUGCAUCGAUGAUGCGCCCGAUUAUGUGAUCAGCUACAAUAAUGGUGAGGCCACUUUGAAGUUCGAGGAGGUCUUCUUGGAGGAUGAUGCGGUGUACACCUGCAGCGCCUCAAAUCCCGCGGGAAUAGAACACUGUUCCGCUUCUCUCAUUGUGGAACCUCUGGAACCAACUGAAUUGCCCAGCUUCAAGGUUCCCCUCUCGAAUGCCAUGGCUCGAGUGGGUCAGAAGAUCAAACUGGAGGCCAUUGUGAGUGGCAUUCCCAGGCCAGAAGUCUAUUGGCUGCACAACGGCAAGCCCUUCCAGCCGCGGGAUUCCAAGUACGAAUACGGCCGCGUAACGCUGAUAAUCCCGCAGGCUUAUCCCAACGACGCCGGAUCCUACGUCCUGAGCGCCAAGAACCUAGCUGGCGAGGCCUAUACCAGUUGCAACGUGAUAGUGAAGGGUCGCCUGCCCAACGAGACCUCCGAUUCCGAGAUGGCCAGCGACAUAGAGCCCAUCAAGCCAGCCGUCCACCUGCCCCUCAAGGACGUCUCCAUAUUCGAGGGCAAGCCCGUGAGGCUGGACUGCGUGAUUGUGGGUCAGCCGGAGCCCGAGGUCAUCUGGUACCACAACGAGCGACCCGUCAAGGAGUCCGCCGAUGUUCAGUUGCUUUUCCAGGGGGACAGAUGUUCCCUGAUUAUCCAAGAGGUCUACCAAGAGGACGCAGGCCACUACAAGGUGGUGGCCAUCAAUUCGGCGGGAGAAGCAUCCAGUAGUUGUGAACUCAAGGUCACUCCAUUGAAUCAGGCGGAACCUGCCACUCGGGCCCAGGCGGAGAGGCAAUCCCUGCCCAAGGAUGCGCUGCCCAAGUUCGAAAGACUUCUCUCUGAUGUCCUGGCCGAUGAAGGCGAGCAGGUGGUCCUCGAAGUCCAGGCCAGUGGCGAUCAACCGCUGACUGCUCAGUGGUUCCUGACCAACAAGGAACUCCAGCUGGACCAGAGGAUCACCACCCAAUCAGACUCCGAACUGGGUAUCUUCAAGCUCAUUCUGAACAAUGUGAGUGGCGAUGACAAGGGCGUUUAUACCGUCAAGGUCACCAAUCCCGCGGGGGAUGCCAAGUGCUUUUCGCAUCUCAUAGUGAAAUCCGUGAACGCUCCCGAGAAUCGCAGGAGUAGCCAGUCCUCAGUGGAAAUCCUAGACCGUCACCAGUGUCCCGAAUUUAAAGAACUGUUCAGCGACAAGCAAGGCGAAAUCGACGAGGUGAUCAAGUUCGAGUGCAUUGUCAAGGGCAAGCCCACGCCAAAGGUGCACUGGUUCUUCAACGAUCAACCCGUUCAUGGUCACAAUUUCCUGGUCUCUACCAGUGGAGAACGUCAGGUGUUGACCAUCCAAAAGCUAACCCACGACGCCGUGGGCAAGAUCAGUUGUGUGGCGGAGAAUGAGGCAGGAAAGGCCACCUGUGUGGCCUUCUUGAAUAUCCGGGGCAGCGGUCCGCCCGCCUCUAGUGACGUUCAAACAGUGAGCCAGGAGCACAACACGGAAUCUUCGAGGGUGACGAUCAAGAAGCAGACCUUUACCACCACCUCCACCUCGCAGGUCAACUCCUAUGAGGGAAAUGCCCCGCAAACCGAGGUGCAUCACUCCUCCGCCCACAUUGAUCAGUCCCUGAAGCAACUUGGCCAGCAGAGGCCCGAGAUCGUGGAGAGUCACCACUACCAGGAGCUGCACAAGAGCAAGGAGAUGAGCAGCCCCAGUGUGCAGCAGAAGUCCUUCAGCUUCAUCCAGUCCAGUGCACCCAAUGGUCAGUCCGCCGUGGCCAUUCCCGAUUCGCCCACUCGCCUCAGGAGAGAGAUUGCUCCGAGGUUCACCACUCCCCUCAGCGGAAAGAUCGUGGAUCAGGGCGCCGAUGUCAGCAUGGAGGCCAUUUACGAUGGCUUUCCCUCGCCCGAGAUCAAGGUGGAGAAGAACGGAGGUCAGCUGUUCGAGGAUGCCCACACCAAGAUCUCCAACAAGUGCAAUCGCGUGACCAUCGAACUCAAACAGGUGGGCGUGGCCGAUGCGGGACGAUAUGCGGUGACCGCCUCCAACACGGUGGGUCAGUCCACCAGCACAGCGGAUCUGGUAGUAAAAAAGACCAUAUUCCCACCCGUCUUUGGCCGACGUCUGCAGGCUCAGGUAAGCAAGAGGGGCGAGAAGCUGACCAUGGAGGUGGAGGUCACCGGGUUGCCCGAACCCACGGUCACCUGGCUGAAGGACGACAAGCCUCUCAAGGAAGCUGGUAUCUCUGAAUAUCGCCUGCUGGCCCAAGGAAACUCUUACAGGCUUAUUAUCGAAAAGGCACAAACCUCGGAUUCCGGCAAGUACAUGGUGCGAGCCACAAAUGCAGGAGGUGAGGCCAAGAGCAUCGCCGACUGUGCCAUCCUGGAACCCUCUCCGGAACGCAUGCAGGAGGUGGUCAAGACGAUUGUCUAUGAGACGGGCCCCGUGGCAGCUGUGGCCCCAUCCAGCGAUUUCAAAACCGAAAACCCGAAUCAUACUCAGAACGGCGAAAACCAACAGUCGUACCAGAGCAGUCAGACCGAAGUGACCAGUGCCAAUGACCUCCACGGUUUGUCCGAGUCGAAAGUGAUUACUGAGCAUCGUUGCACCACCGAGGCAACCAUGCGUCUAGAGCACAAAUCGAACUAUCUGGAUCUGCCGGAGCUGACCCCACGUCCCAAGACACCGACCACAAACGAUACUAUCACCAUCACCUCGAACACUGCCACCGCCAGCAUGGAUCAGCCAGAUCAGACAGAGCCCACCGCCACAACCACCAAAGCCCCACCACCAGUGCCCCCCAAACCGUGUACACCAGUGAUGGCCACCACCUUUGGCCAACAGCAGCAACCGCCGCAGACGCUGACCAGCACCAGAUACGAGCAGAGCGAGCACAAGUCGAGCACCACCUCCUCCUCGUUCGACUACUUCAAGAAGAUCGAUGAGGAGACCGUCAUCCAGCGACCCAACCCACUGACCUUCAAGCCCCUGGAGACGGUGGUGCGAAAACCACAGGCGCAAUCGCUGGCGGAGGAACUGAGGAGUCUCAACCUGAUACCAGGAGAUGCCCCGGAGUUCUGUUACUCACCGAAAACCGAACGGAGCGAGCCCAAGGUGCCACUGAUCACAGAGAAGAUAAAAAUUCUUUCCGAGGUCCAGCCCAAGGAGCCUCCACCACAGGGAGGAGUACCCGUCUUCCCGCCACCCCUGGGCCUCCAGACGGUGCAGCACGAAACCACCACGACCAAAGAGGUUAAGGUGGAGUAUGGACAACCGAUUGUGCGACCUGCAGCAGUGCUGGCCACUCCUGCCCAGCAGAAUCCUCGCUCGCCCUCACCCAAACCCUCCGCCGAAGGUGUGGCCAUGUCGAGGCUCUGGACACCUACUGGAGUGACUGGUUACACCAGCGAUGUAGAGCAGAAGUCAGAGAAGACAGUGAUCUCCAAGCUGGCCACACCAACGCCGUCGAAAGAGCUGAAUGCACCCUUCCUGGUUAAUCAGAUAGCAAAGAGCAUACCUUCGACAACAGCAACUCCUGCAACUCACUUGGUUAAUGUGGAGCUGGAACCGGGGACACCACCAGAGAUUUGCUUUGCACCAAAGGUGGAAGAGACACGUCGUCGUUCCUUGGUGGAGAGCAUGGAACAGAAGCUGGAACAGAACCUGAUCCAGGGACCCAGCAAAGUGCUGCCCCACUCGGUGCCCACCUUGACUCCAGCCGCUGUACCACCGGCACAGCCAAAGCCCCUGGGUAGCACCACCUACAGACCACCACCUCCGGUUAUACCCACCCGAUUGGGUGUCUACGAAAGCGAUUACGAGAGUGAUCGGUACAAGUACAGUGGCAGUGAAUCGGAUGUGGAGCCUGGAAAUCGCAAGCAGCCCCAACAGACCACCAUGGAGACUUCCUUCAAGUCCAGUGGCUACACGGCUGAUACAGAGGAGCAUUCGAGCUAUCGCAAGUCGGAGUCGAGCUAUUACGAAACCAAGUCAUCAUCGUCGGUGGGAAAUGCAUUCCCCAAACUGCAGCCCGAACCUCCUGCACCUAUUUACUUCACCCCCAAGCCACAACCUCAGGUGCAACCCCAGGUGGUGCCGCCACCUCAAUCGAAUUUUAGCAGCCAGGAGGCGAAGGACUACAAGUACACCUCCUCGAGUAUGACCAGCAACUACUCCCACAACAUGCAGAGCAGCAGCAGUUCCUCCCGUCAGGAGACCAAGUACUCCUCGACGACAGGAGCACCACCACCGCAAGUGGUCACCUAUCCCAGUCCCAUUCCUGCCCAGAGGAAGACCCCGGCGGCGGAGUUUAGUGACUACAGCAGCGAGAUUGAUGAACGCUUCCGUUCCGUGUCCCGCGCCAAUGAGUCAGAUGCCGAGAUCAAAGGCUAUCGAGUGGUCUUCCCACCCACACCUACUCCUCGCACAAACCUUGCCACCAAUGGGCACAAGUCCCCGGUGGUGGUGAUUACUCCCUCGCCCAUGGAGUUUGAGCCCACUCCUCAGGAGUAUGCCAGGCCCAAGUUUGAACCGAUUGGCAAGGAGAUACGCCAUGAGAUCAAGACGGAGAGCAGCUCCAAGCAGUCCAAGUUCGUGCAGAACCAGCAGCAAAGUCAGCCUGUUUUCAAGCCCAAGCCAGUGGCGGCCAAGUUCAUAGCGGCCACCCAACAGCAGCAGCAGCCACAGGCCACCGCCCGUCCGACCAUGUACUACAAUGCUGUUGCUGGAGCUCCGAUGCACCUGGCCAAGGUGGCCACCGAGACCAAGAACGUGAUGCAGAUGCACGAGUCCACGGAGAGCUCGCAGCGAGUGGUGAAUAUGCAGCAGACCAAGAGGAUAAUCCACUUCGAUAGUCCGCAGGAGCAGCGGGAUCAGCAGAUCGUGCUGGAGCCUUUCCCCUACAGUCCGGCCACAAGUCGUACCCCCUCGAGGCAAUCCCAUCUGCCACCGCCAGCCACUCCCACCAAGUUUGUGCCCGGGGAGUUCCGGGAGAGUGAUUACGAGAGUGAGAUUGAGGGAGCACGCAUCCAACCUCUGUGGUCCCCCUAUGGCGAUGGCUUGACCAAGGGCUUCAGGCGAGUGGCCCCACCUCAAGGAGGCAGUCGAUCCUGCAGCCUGCCUAGGACCUACGAGAGGGUGCUAUCACCCAUGGAAUUCGAUCGGGGUCCCGAGAUGCCCAGCAAGAUUCACGUGGAUAUCAAUACCCUGAAGAAGGAGCAGCGCGGCGGGAGUACAGUGACCACCCAACAUCGCACCCAGUCCCUGAACAGGAACUCCACCAUGAGGCAACAGCAGCAACAGCAACAGCAACAGCAGCAGCAGUCCAUGGAUCAGAUUGAUAGGGCCGGAACUCUGCCCCGCUAUGGUUACAGUUCCCUCCAGCAGCAGGCCGAGAAUCAGGGCCGGCGGAUGGGCUCCACCUUCCUCCAGAAGUCCCAUCAGUUCGUCGAUGAUGUGAGCAGGGAGGUAAGGAGCUCGGCAUCGAAUGGCUUGGGCAUCCGACCGGGUUUCAAGAGGGCUCCCAGCGAGGGCAGCAGCCAGCAGCCUCAGGCCUUCCGGGAUGAGUCGCGCGUCUCUCAAUAUGGAACCAAAUGCGUCGACCCCAAUACCGGUUUAAUAUAUUUCAAAUACGAUUUCGGCUAUGAGUUCGGCAUCCUGUUUCCCGGCGAGGGUCACAAGUUCGUCAGUAGCCAGUGGAACAGCAGUGGCAAGAGCCAGAGUGCCCAGCCCAUCCAAAACGGACGCCACUCGCCCUACCCCCUGAAACUUCCGCCCGGAAACGAGCUGGUGAUUCCCGUGCAGCACGAGAGAUCCGCUCAAGGAUACAGUUCCGACAACGAGGUGCAGCGCAGGAGUCAGGCCAGGAACUACUCGACUUCCAGGCCGAUGGCCCCACGAACGGUGGUCAACAGCCAGAAGCGAUACAGCCUGCCCAGUUGCCACAGCCUCGACAUCCACCUGGAUCGCCUCCAUGCCCAGGCACCCCGACUGCCUCCGGAUCAUCUGAUCCGCUCAGUGCCGGAACUGCCCAAUACGGAACCCGUCAAUGCGCAUCUGAGUCGCGAUGAGCUGGCACAAAGGCAGCCAUUAUUCAUAACGCCGCUGAAAGACAUCGCAGUCGGAGUGGGCGGCACGGCGCGCUUCGAGUGCAUUGUGCAGGCGCAUCCGCAGCCGCAGGUCAACUGGACGCACAACGGCGGCCUCUUGGAGCCGGGCAGCCGGCACUGCAUCGAGUACCGGAACGGCGUGUGCCGGCUGACACUGCCGCAGGCCUAUCCGGAUGACAACGGCAGCUACGCAUGCACCGCCAUGAAUCCUUUGGGAGCGGCCUCCACCAGCGGAAAUUUGACCGUUUCGAGCACAAACCGCGGCUUUAGAUACUAAGCUCGUUUAAAUGCAACUAUUAUUAUAAUUUGCUUUAUGAUUUGUUCAAUGCCAAAGUUUCGCCUUAUUGUGUGUGUGUACCCACUGAGCCUGCGACUCUUAUUUUGAGCCCCAUUGUUUUCUGGGCUGAUGGAAAUUUAGAAAAACAUUCAGCCAAAUACCCAUUAUACAUGCAUACAACAGAGGAAUAUAGUAUUACUUGUGUUUUUGUCGAAAAUGAAAUAAACCAAUAUUGAAACGAA